AUGAGAAAAAUCGCCGGAGCGCCGACCACCAGCCGACCAGAGCCAUCAUCGUCCGGCCGGCGCCGACAGAAACUGGCAAUUUCCAACAGCAGCAAUUCCUCUAGCUCUUCUGAUGAGGAUCCCAAAGCUUAUGCAUCCAAUUCGAAAGCUAAAAGAACUCACGAUGAAGGGGCAAAGCCUAGUAUACCCCCGAAAAACCGGAGAGUCACUUAUGCCGAGCUUAUGAAGCGAAAAUCCGAGACUGAUGAAGCGGAGGGUCAGGAAACCACGUGGGUGUUACCAGAGUUCAAGGUCAAGCCUAUGAAACGAGUUGAUGCUGAACUUGAAGCUGAAGCAGAAGAAGACUCGGACUCAGACGAUCCUCAUACCCAUCCAGACUUCAUCAAUGAUCUUGAUAAUGAUUCCGACGAAGAGGAGGAUUCCGAGAAGGACAAUGAUGAUGAAUCUGACAGCUCAGAUGAAUCUGACGAAUAG